AUGCCUACCAAGCCCAUAAAUAUAAUUUUCCCUUUACUUACCUCAGGAAUUCCUCAAAUUUGUACUGCAAAAGCCCUUAAAUUUCUAACAGAGUUGACAAACAAGAGAAUUCAGCUGGGUUUCUGCUAAGCUGGUUGCUGAACUAGCUCUAUAGAGAACAGAAGGAAGCAAAAGAUAUUUUUGGGCAUUGUAGUUGGCAGCUUUAGAGAAGGAGAAAGAGAAUUUAAGAGAUUUGAGGGGGGUUUGGAUGAUUGGGGUGAUCGCUGUGUUCAGUUUUGUAGAGGGGCUUAGGUAUUAUUGGGAAUUUAAAAAGGGUUGUUAUAGAACUGUUACAGUUUUAUAGAACUUGUAUUUGGACGAAUGAUUGUUGUUCUUUUGUUGAAGUUGGUAUUCUUGGAAGGGAUGAGAGGGAUGAAAGAGAAGAGGCAGAGAAAGUGCUAGUAAGUACUAGUUGUUCAAAUUAUGAAGAAUUUCAAAUUUUCGAUAAAUUUUUCUUUUAACCCCAUACUCUCCCAAACACUUUCAAACCCUUCUUUCUCAUCCUCCCUUCCCUUCAAACUUCUUCCCCCCUCAUUUCCCCCUUCCCUCUUCAAAACCUCCUUCC